AUGCGUGGGUUCCAUGAAAUUGAGAUGCAAGUGCAAGACUGCGAACUCGAUCAAUAUGGUGUCGUAAACAAUUCCGUUUAUUCAAGUUAUUGUCAUCUGGGACAUCACGAAUUGCUGGAAGCGAUAGGAAUCAAACCAGAGGACGUUGCUAGUUCAGGCGAAGCCCUAGCUUUGUCUGAGAUGACACUAAAAUUCCUCAAUCCACUAAGAAGUGGAGACAGGUUUGUUAUGAAGGUGAAAAUAACGAAUUCAUCAGCAACUCGACUAUACACUGCAUACUCCAUCUUCAAGUUUCCAGAUUAUGAGCCUAUUCUUGAAGCGAAAGCGACUGUAGUUUGGCUUGGCAAGAACUAUCGACCUGUCCGAUUACCAGCAUAUUUUACGUCCAAACUUGUCAAGUUUAUUCGACAAAAGAAUCAAUCCAACUAA